AUGCGAAUCGAUGGCACAAAUAUCGCGGUCUUACAGCGCGUGGAUCUGCCCCUUAGGGCCAGUAGUGAUGUGGAAGUGGAAGCUCGGGGUCAGGGGUCGGCUGUAGUACAGGUGUCCUAUGAGUACAAUCUGGCCGUCGAUGGCGAAGAGCCGGCAUUCUUCGUGAGCGCUGUCGUCGACAAGACUUCGACGCAGAGUUAUCUUCGGCUUAAUGUCUGCACACACUAUCAAGAGGGAAAGGAGUCAAAUAUGGCGGUCAUGGAAGUGGAACUCCCUUCAGGCUAUGUGGCGGACACGGAGUCACUGCCCGGCUCUCCAGACAUUAAACGCGUUGACACAACAAAGGGAGACACGAAUGUUGUCAUAUAUUUCGAUAGAAUAACCCGAUCGAAGAUCUUUCUGACAGUCUGUGGCCAUCGGACCCAUCGGGUGGUCAACACUAAAGCCGUUCCCAUCGUUGUCUACGACUACUAUAAUCGGCGACAAAGCGCUCGUAUUUCGUAUGAAUUAAACUGA